AUGGACAGUAGACGUGUACGCGAGGGUUGGCUCUUCAAAAGGGGCGAACACAUAAAAAACUGGAGGCCGAGGUAUUUUAUACUGUUUGAGAACGGUUCCCUGUGGGGUUACAAGGACGUUCCCAAUGACGAAGAGUGGAAACACCCUUGCAACAAUUUUACAGUGAAGGGGUGCCAGAUUAUGACCAUCGACCGACCAAAACCUUAUACGUUUCUUAUAAGAGGCCUACAGUGGACCACAGUGAUCGAGAGGAUGUUUCAUGUUGUGUCUGAUCACGACAGACAAGAAUGGGUUGGCGCAAUAAAAAACGUGGCCGACCGCAUACGCGACGACGUCGAGGACAUCGAAAUGAGCACCGAAUCGGGCUCGAAUUUGGAGGAGCUGUGCGAAAAAUUUUCGCAGCAGGGCACCUCCUUCUCCAAGUCCACCGGAAAGAGAAAAGUCACCCUGGAGAGUUUCGAGUUCAUCAAGGUGCUGGGCAAAGGAACCUUCGGCAAGGUUAUUCUGUGCAGGGAGAAGGCGACGCAGCGACUGUACGCCAUCAAGAUUUUAAAGAAGAACGUGAUCAUUCAGAAGGACGAGGUUGCGCACACCGAGACGGAAAAUCGCGUUCUGCGCAGCACCAAUCACCCCUUCUUGAUCUCGUUAAAAUAUUCGUUUCAAACCAACGACCGCCUCUGCUUCGUGAUGGAGUACGUCAACGGAGGCGAGCUGUUCUUCCACUUGUCCAACGAACGAGUUUUCACCGAGGAAAGAACCAAGUUCUACGGCGCGGAGAUUCUGCUGGCGCUGGGCUACCUGCACACGCACGGCAUCAUCUACAGGGACCUGAAGCUGGAGAAUCUGCUGCUGGAUCGCGACGGGCACAUCAAGAUCGCCGACUUCGGGUUGUGCAAGGAGGGCAUCAUCCACGGCCGCACCACCAAGACCUUCUGCGGCACCCCGGAGUAUCUGGCGCCCGAGGUGCUCGAGGACAACGACUACGGCGGCGCGGUGGAUUGGUGGGGCAUGGGCGUCGUCAUGUACGAAAUGAUGUGUGGAAGGCUUCCCUUCUAUAAUCGCGACCACGACGUUUUGUUUGCUCUAAUUCUCAUGGAAGAGGUAAAGUUUCCCAGGAAUUUGAGUAUAGAGGCUAGGGAACUGUUGAAGGGUCUGCUGGUUAAGGAUCCAUUAAAGAGGUUAGGUGGUGGUCCUGAAGAUGCCAGGGAAAUUAUGGCACAUCCGUUCUUUAGGAGUAUCGACUGGAAGGAUUUGUUCAACAAAAAGAUUCCGCCCCCGUUCAAACCGCAAGUGCUCAACGACACCGACACGCGCUACUUCCCCGAAGAGUUUACCGGCGAAAGCGUGGAGCUGACGCCGCCGGAAAACGCCGCUCCUCUAGGUUCCAUCCAGGAGGAGCCGAACUUUUCGCAGUUCAGCUUCGAGGACUUCUCCUCGCCGCCCGCCAGCGCCAGCACCAUCUCCGGCACGCCCAUGCAGGGCUGA